AAAUCACCACCAUUUGCCGCCGCCCACCACCUUCCCCUUCCCUCUUUCUUCCGCUGUUCUUUACCAAAACUAUAAGAGUGCAAAGUACAGAGAAGCAAAAUGCUUCUCCGCCUAGCUCUGCUCCUGAUUCUUUUGGCUCCUUGCACUUUUUCCCUUAAUCAAGAGGGCCUCAUCCUCCAACAACUCAAGCUCGUUUUUGACGACCCGGAUAAUUUCUUCUCUGAUUGGAAUGACCGCGACAUCACUCCAUGCAAGUGGCGCGGUGUUACCUGCGACUCCCUGACUCACUCUGUUACUUCACUCGACUUCUCCAACGCCAAUCUUGCUGGCCCUUUCCGGCCCUCUUUACUCUGUCGAUUGCGAAACCUCACCUCCAUUUCUUUCUACAAUAAUUCCGUCAACUCUACCCUGCCCGAAGCCGACCUUCCCUUGUGCCGAACAAUUGUUCACCUCGACUUGGCUCAGAAUCUUUUAACUGGGAACCCGAGCUCCGUUGCCGAGCUUCCUAACCUCAAGUACCUUGAUUUGACUGGGAAUAACUUCUCCGGCGAGAUUCCGGGGAGCUUCGGAACUUUCCGGCAGCUGGAGGUGCUGGGGUUAGUUGAGAACUUGAUUGAAGGGGCAGUUCCAGCGUUCUUGGGGAACAUUUCAACUCUGAAGCAGCUCAACUUGUCUUACAAUCCAUUUUUCCCCGGCCGUAUCCCGCCGGAGCUCGGCAACUUGACGAAUCUAGAGACCCUUUGGCUCACUCAGUGUAACUUGAUUGGCGAAAUCCCUGACUCGCUCGGUCGACUGAGUCGACUCACCGAUUUGGACCUGGCGCUGAACGCGCUAGACGGGCCGAUUCCGAGUUCACUCACCGAGUUGACCAGCGUGGUUCAAAUCGAGCUCUACAACAACUCGUUAACGGGAGAGUUGCCCCCCAAUGGCUGGUCAAAGAUGACCGCCUUAAGGCGAGUAGACGCUUCAAUGAACGGGUUGACUGGGAUGAUUCCAACAGAGUUGUGUGAGUUGCCUCUCGAGUCCCUCAAUCUGUAUGAGAACUCCUUCGAAGGUGAAUUGCCAGAAAGCAUAGCAAAUUCGACAAAUUUGUACGAAUUGAGGAUAUUUCAGAACAACCUCAGUGGAGCUUUGCCUAAAGAUUUAGGUAAAAACUCGGCUUUAUUAUGGCUUGAUGUUUCAAGUAACAAUUUUUCCGGUGAAAUUCCCGCCAAUUUGUGUGAAAAGGGGGUUCUUCUGGAGCUUUUGAUGAUAGACAACUCAUUUUCUGGUGAAAUUCCGGCUAGUUUAGGCCAAUGCCAGAGCUUGAACCGUGUCAGAUUGGCUAACAAUAAUUUUUCCGGUGCCGUGCCGGAUGGGCUCUGGGGCCUUCCCCAUGUGUCUCUACUUGACCUCAAAAGCAACUCAUUUUCAGGCGGGAUUGCGAAAACUAUUGCCAGCGCGUCCAAUUUAUCGUCCUUAAUUUUAUCAAGUAACAAAUUUUCUGGAGACAUACCUGAGGAAAUUGGAUUUCUGGAGACUUUGUUGGAGUUUUCUGGCAAUGACAACGUAUUCUCGGGGUCUUUGCCCGGGAGUAUAGUGAAUCUUGGGCAAUUAGGAAGGCUUGAUCUUCAUGAUAAUGCACUGUCUGGUGAGCUGCCAAAAGGGAUUCAUUCUUGGAAAAAAUUGAAUGAGUUGAAUUUAGCUAAUAACGAUUUAUCUGGGAAUAUUCCUCCACCAAUUGGGAGCUUGUCUGUGUUGAACUAUCUUGACUUAUCAGGAAACAGGUUAACAGGAAAGAUUCCGAAUGAGUUGCAGAAUUUGAAGCUCAAUCAGCUUAAUCUCUCGAAUAAUCGACUUUCUGGGGAUAUUCCUCCACUUUAUGCUAAAGUCAUGUAUAGAAAUAGUUUCUUGGGCAAUCCUGGUUUGUGUGGAGACAUAGAUGGUCUAUGUGAUGGAAGAAGUGAUAGGAAUAAUGGUUAUGCUUGGUUAUUGAAGUCCAUUUUUGUCCUCGCUGGGGUGGUAUUAAUUAUGGGUGUGCUUUGGUUCUAUUGGAAGUACAGGAAUUUCAGGAAGGUGAAACUGGCUAUUGAUAAGUCCAAAUGGACCUUGAUGUCAUUUCACAAACUUGGGUUCAGUGAGUAUGAGAUAUUGGAUGCUCUCGAUGAGGAUAAUGUUAUUGGAAGUGGAUCUUCUGGUAAAGUGUACAAGGUUGGGCUCAGCAGUGGUGAGGCUGUUGCUGUGAAAAAGCUCUGGGCUAGCACCAAAAUUGCUGAUGAGAGUAGUGAUGUCGAGAAAUGUAAUGUUCAAGAUGAUGGAUUUGCAGCAGAGGUGGAGACUUUAGGAAAGAUUAGGCAUAAGAACAUUGUUAAGUUGUGGUGCUGUUGUACUACGAGGGACUGUAAACUCUUGGUUUAUGAGUACAUGCCUAAUGGUAGUUUGGGAGAUUUGCUUCACAGUAAUAAAAGUGGCUUGUUGGAUUGGCCAAUUAGGUAUAAGAUUGCCAUGGAUGCUGCUGAGGGGCUUGCUUAUUUGCAUCACGAUUGUGUUCCUCCUAUUGUCCAUAGGGAUGUGAAGUCCAACAAUAUAUUGUUGGAUGGAGACUUCGGAGCUCGUGUUGCAGAUUUUGGUGUGGCCAAGGUUGUCGAUACAAAUGGGAAGGGCACCAAGUCGAUGUCUGUCAUUGCCGGAUCUUGCGGCUAUAUCGCACCAGAAUAUGCAUAUACCCUGAGGGUGAAUGAGAAGAGUGAUAUAUACAGCUUUGGUGUGGUUAUACUAGAGUUGAUCACAGGGAGGCUCCCAGUUGAUCCCGAGUAUGGUGAGAAGGAUUUGGUUAAGUGGGUGUGCACCACUUUGGACCAAAAGGGCAUUGAUCAUGUAAUUGACACAAAACUGGAUUCUUGGUUCAAGGAAGAGAUAUGUAAAGUCCUCAAUGUAGGUCUCCUCUGCACCAGUCCCCUUCCUAUAAAUCGUCCUUCGAUGAGACGAGUGGUAAAAAUGUUGCAAGAAGUAGGAGGUGGAAACCAACUCAAAAAUGGUAGGACAAAAGAUGGCAAAUUGACGCCUUAUUACUAUGAAGAUGCCUCGGAUCAGGGAAGUGUAGCUUGAGGUGGUUUAUACAUUUGUUACAAGAGACUCAGAAACUGAAAUCAGAAGAAGAACCUUCCUCCUCUUCAUCAGCUAAAUAUAUGAUGCGAGUUUUUACAGGGUUGCUCAUGGUGUUUGUUUCCAAGAGGGACGAGGGUCCUGACUCCCAAGGAAUGGAGAUGAGGGCUGGAGGUGAAACGGGGAGGACUGAUGGGAAUUGUUGUUUUUUGCUCAAUGUAAAUUAAAACCCCGCCAAAGUUUUUGCUUCCAAGUUUGAAAAGUGAUCAACAUUCAAUUUUAUCUUGUUUAAGUUUGCUUACCUAAAUCACUGCGAUUUUUUGAUA